UUAUUAGACGAGACAUCCGUCCAUCCGUCAUUCGUCACAUCCGAGCUCGAGGAUGUUGCUGCACUUAAUGGCGACGACUUUCACUUCCUUCAUUUACACGUCCUUUUUCACAAACAAUGAUGCAGGAUAUCGAUAACAUGUCAUUUUUGGGAUCACACUCCACUUCAUUGUCCCUUUAUCAUUAUCUUUGGCAGCGACAAGACCAGUCUGUCGUGAAGCGAGGGUUGAAAUGUCAUGCUCUAGAUUUGGAGGGAUCCAACGGGGUAUACCCACUCACCUUCGAUGCCAUUGAUCUUUCUGGAUGUCCUGGUGUCGAGUUACCAAACGGAGCGACUUCCAUGGUCAUCCGUUCAGAGUAUGAAUCACUCUUUGAACACAUCUCCGCAAUUGAGCGCAAUUUCAUAGUGCAUGGAUCGGCAGGUAUUGGAAAGACACAUUUCUUGGCAUACCUCCUCGUCAAGCGACUUCUCGCUCGUCAACCGGUGACGUAUCAGAUUGACCAAUUACACUCAUUCGUCAUGUGCUUCACCGCGGACGGGUUCUUUAUCCUCCCGCAGGAGAACAGCGAGUAUCAUCCCCUGUUCCAACGCGAAGAUGUAUGGCACCUCGUCGACAGCAUGCAUGAAGAUCCCACCACGCACCCGAACACCGCACACACUCAGGCAUUGAUGUGGAGCACGUGUGGCAAGGCUAUCUUCACCACGUUUUGGCCGGAUAGUCUGGGCUUCAAAAUUGACUGGUCACCUGGGUAUGAAGUUUCUCUUCAGCGGUGGAUGAAACCGUGUACAUGGGACGAGAUCGUUGCGAUGAGGUAAAUCAACAUGUACGCAUUCUUCGUGAUGACUGACCACUUCCCUUAGUGCUCUUACUGCAAACAAGCACGAAGAGCACGAUCCAGAGGCUCUGCGAUGGUCUUACACUCAUUUCGGGUCCAACGCGCACACUUGCCUACAAGUGUCUCGCCACCCCAGCCACGCUGAAUAUUACCUCAACGAAUUAGAGUGCACUCGCGAUAAUUUCUGGUUCCAGCGUCCCGCAUUGC